AAAUCCUGAGUCUGGAAAAUUAGGGUUUUUGGGACUUGGGUGUGAUUCCAUAGCAGAUAUGGGGAAGAAGAAAGGAAACAAAGCAGCAGCUUCUUCAGAUGAUUUCUUACAAACGCUCGAAGAUUUCACCAGCAAAGAGAAUUGGGAUAAAUUCUUCACUCUCAGAGGCAACGACGACUCUUUCGAGUGGUAUGCUGAGUGGCCUCAGCUCCGUGAUUCGCUUUUACCUCUUCUCCAAGAUUCUUCUUCUUCUUCUUCUUCUUCAUCUUCAUCUUCUGGUUCGCUUCAGAUUCUGGUUCCUGGAUGUGGAAACUCCCGCCUCUCUGAGCAUUUGUACGAUGCUGGAUUCCGUGACAUCACCAAUGUUGACUUCUCCAAGGUUGUUAUCUCCGAUAUGCUUCGUCGGAAUAUUAGGACUCGUCCUGAACUUCGUUGGCGAGUUAUGGAUAUAACAAAGAUGCAGUUGGCGGAUGAGUCUUUUGAUAUGGUUCUAGAUAAAGGUGCUCUUGAUGCUUUGAUGGAGCCAGAAGUUGGUACCAAGCUCGGAAAUCAAUACUUAUCAGAGGCCAAGCGGGUUUUGAAACCUGGGGGGAAGUUUAUUUGUCUAACUCUGGCGGAGUCUCAUGUCUUAGCAUUGCUUUUUUCAAGAUUUCGUUUUGGCUGGAAGAUGAAUGUUCAUUCAAUUGCUCAAAAACGCUCGAAUCUUAAGACGUUUAUGGUGGUGGCUGAAAAGGAAAAUUCCGUUUUAUUGCAUGAGAUAACCUCUGCUUUCGAUCUUUUGUCUCUUGGCCACAAUGAUAGUCAGGGCUCUGGUAUGCGUGAAGCCCUCGAGAGUGAGAACCAAAUACGUAGAGACUGCAAUAAUGGCUCAGACUUAUUGUACUCUCAUGAAGAUUUGAAACUUGGUAUUAAAGGAGAUUUGGCAAAGCUUAUUGGAGGGCGCCGUAUAAAAUUUACUUUGGGUGGCCAAGGAAGCAAUUUCAGUUAUAGGGCCGUGCUUCUUGAUGCUCAGAAACAAACUGAGCCAUUUGUGUAUCAUUGUGGUGUUUUUCUUGUCCCCAAGACUCGUGCUCAUGAGUGGCUGUUCUGUUCAGAGGAAGGACAGUGGCAGGUUGUUGAGAGUUCUCAGGCUGCUCGUCUCAUAAUGGUUUUUCUCGACAGUAGCCAUAGUGGAGCCACCAUGGAGGAUAUCCAGAAUGAUUUAUCUCCCAUGGUGACACAACUAGCUCCUCGAAAUGAUGAUGAAGAAGCUCGCAUUCCGUAUAUGAUGGCAAGUGAUGGGAUCAAAAAGCGUGAUACUGUCCACGAGGUUACAUCUUCUUUGACUGGGAAAGUGGUUGUUGAAGAUGUGGUUUAUGAAAGCGCUCCUAGUAAUCUCGAAGACUUGUCUCCUUCUAGCGAUUUGGCAUUUCGACGUCUUGUAUUCAAAAGAACUGAGGGUUUGAUACAGUCUGAAGCUUUGCUUGUAGAGGAUGGUGAGAUUCUUGAACAGUCUCAGAAAGAAAAAACUAAAAAUGUUUCCCAAUCGAAACGAAAGGGAAAUACAAAGCAAAUUCAAGAACCGAGCAGGCCUCUUAUGAGGGUCUCUCAUGAUUAUCUGGCUAGCUCGUACCACACUGGAAUUAUUUCUGGAUUCACAUUGGUAUCUUCCUACUUGAAGAAGGCUGAGUCAUGCGGAACGAUGGUUAAGACUGUUGUAAUUGGUCUUGGAGCAGGAUUACUUCCCAUGUUCCUCCAUGGAUGCUUGCCAUUUUUCAGUAUUGAGGCGGUUGAGCUUGACCCAGUAAUGCUUAAUGUUGGCAAGGAUUACUUUGGUUUCACACACAAUGAUCGCUUGAAGGUUCACAUUGCUGAUGGGAUCAAAUUCAUUAGAGAUAUAACAAACUCUGAAGCUUCGUCUGAGGAAACGUCAAACGGUGGCUCAAAUGGAGAUUCAACGGCUCACAAUACCCUAGGUGGAACUUGUCCUGACAUUUUAAUUAUAGAUGUGGAUUCAGCAGAUUCAAGCGGCGGAUUAACCUGCCCUGCAUCUGAUUUUAUCGAAGAGACAUUUCUUCUUUCGGUUAAGCGAGCUCUCCCUCAGCACGGUCUUUUCGUAGUGAACUUGGUCUCGAGAUCACAAUCCGUCAAAGAUAUGGUAGUAUCAAGAAUGAAAAAGGUUUUCGAUCACUUAUUCGGCCUGCAACUAGAAGAGGAAGAUGACGUAAACGUAGUGCUCUUUGGGCUUUGCUCUGAAUCUGUAAUCAGCGAGAGCGAUAUUCCAGAAUCUGCAGUUAUACUGGAGGGAUUGCUCAAGUGUCAGAGAUUGGAAACGAAGCAAAGCAUCAUAGACGCUACAAAGAAGUUGAAAUGCUGGAAAUAAAACACUUAAUUCUUUAUUAUUGGUUUUAAAAGACGUGUGGGGGAUAUAUUUCUGUUAUAAGUUAGAUUGAAAAUUUUGAGACUAUAUUAUACACCUAGUUUGGUCCUUACGCAAAUGGAAAAUGAAGCGUGGGGUUUUUC